CCAUCAACACCACCAUGUCUGGACGCAGGCUCGGCGGCGGCAGGAUCCUGGGCAGCGGCAAGGGCCUUGGCCCGACCCCUCCGCCGGUUCCUCGAUCUUCCAGUCCCUUCGCCCCCUCCGAGAGCACCGUUUCCGUCGCCUCCUCCUCGAUCUCGCCGCCUGCCAGCGGCAGCCUGGCCGACCUGGCCGACCUGACCCAGGACAUAGGCUCCAGCAUCAGCGUCGGGACACAGCCCAAGGGCAGCGCAGCCGAUGCGUCGAGCCUCGUGUGUCCUAUCUGCAGCGAGGAGAUGGUCACGCUGCUGCAGCUCAACCGCCACAUCGACGACACCCACCAGGAACUCCCGGUCGAGGAGCAAAACGAGGUCAAGACAUGGUUCGACAAGCAGGUCCUCAAGGCGAAGCGCUUCCAGCCGCUGUCCAUGAUCAACCUGAAGCUGCGCGGCCUCGAAGUCUUUGAGUCCAACGAUUCCCAUCCUGUCGUUCCGCCGACAGCCACCAGCUCCGCCGGCAAGCUCCCCAUAGAAGCGCCCAUCGACCCGGAGGAGUUUAUAACGAGGAGUCAUUGGCAGCGCUCGACGGGCUACGAUGUAUGUACGGAUCCCACUUGCGGAAAGGGGCUGGGGCCGUUGAAUGGAAGCGUCAACUGCCGGAAAUGCGGGCGCCUCUUUUGCGAGCAGCACACCAUGUACCAGAUGAAGCUCAGCCGGAGUGCGAGCCACGAGCCAGUUCGCGGGAUCUGGGCAAGAGUAUGCGAGACGUGCUACAAGUCGAGGGAAGGAUACAACGACCACACUGGGGCCUCGGUCGACCAUACCGACAUGUUCAAGGCCGUCAGAAGAAAAAAGGUCGAGAGACACACCUUGGAGGUGACGCGACUCGAGAAACGGUUGACCAAACUGACGAGGUUGCUCGCAAACUCGCCCGAGGCGCUUGCCAACACGUCAAACGGGUCUCUGCUGGGCCCUGUCCAAUCUUUGACUGGGCAAAAGAAUACCCGGAAACUGAUCGAGCAGUCUGUGGUGACGUGGGAAGAGGAUGACAAGGUGCCCGAGUGCCCCUUUUGCCACCAGGAAUUCCGCUCUUGGACAUUUAGGCGGCAUCACUGCCGGAUAUGUGGCCGCGUAGUGUGCGGAGACCCCCAGACUGGCUGCUCGUCCGAAGUCAGUCUCAGCAUCGCUGGACCAACCGGCCCUGGCGCAGAGAAGCCGCCUUCUGCAACUGGUAACGGCCAUAUUGCCGUGGACAUACGGAUGUGCAAGGACUGCAACGACACCAUCUUCUCUGCCCGCGACUUUGCAGCGUCCUUGGCCUAUAGACCGCCAGACCAGCGAGCAUAUGAGACGCUUCGGCAGUUUGAACGAGGCAUACGGCAGCUUCUACCGAGUUUUCACAGGGCCCUCGUGGCCUUGCAACCAGAGGUGAAGGAGAAUGGGGAGAUUGACCUCAACAAGCCUCCGCCCACACACGCGCAAAUUCAGGAAGCGAGCAAGAUACGGAAACGUCUAAUCGACAGCUUCACCAAGUACGGGUCUGCCGCCAGAAGGCUGCGCGACUUGAAGGCAGAUAAUCCGACCCAGCAGAGGCUGCAGCUCGCAGUGUAUGCUUAUGCGAGCUCAUUCCUACACACCAACAUGCUGCCGCUGAAAAACAUUCCGCAAAUGCUGCGGCAUCGAUCUACGCCGUCAUCGUCCUCGUCACACUCGCAUCUCCUUCCCUCGACCAAUCAUUCGACGUCCAGCCUGCGGCAUUCGGAGCUUGCCGAGUCUGAUAUUGCUUCUCAAGCGCCUAGCGAGGCGAGCACGGUGGUUAGCCUAUUGGAGACGGAAGAAAAGGAUUUGAAAGAGCGGCUUGCCGUGCUCGAGGAACAAAAGUUUAUGGUCGAGGAAAUGGUCAAGUCGGCCACUGGAGCCAGGAGGUUCGAAGAAGUCAGCGCCCUGUCGAGGAAUCUGGAUGAGCUGAAUGGCGAGAUUCAGGGGCUGAGGAAGAGGAUUGGGGAUGUGGAGAAGAAGUGGGAGGUGGCUUAUCGGAACGGUUCCUAG